AUGUCAGUGCCAUACGAGCCACCACCCGAUUAUCCUAUGGUAGAAGGCCGAUGGCGUUCUAACGAAGCUGGUUACGAUCGUUACGCCUAUCCGCAGAAUUCACCGUAUACUACUGAUCCGCAUCUUUACAGGUACCGCUUGCCGCCAGGCCAUCCACUUUGCCAACACUCACCUCAUAUGAUGCUGAGAACAAGGCAAUUUCCAGAGAUCGCUGGUAUUUACGGAUGCGAAGAGCAGCCGGCGCUGAGACGAUUCACACGCUAUAAUCACGGAAUGAUGGAUGCGCCGGCGCUAGUAGCGGCCGCUCCGCCGCCCACAGCCGCUUUCUCGAAGAGUUCAAAAAAGCCAUCGUUCUUCAGUGGAAAUUGGACAUUUCGCGAUCGAAAGCAAUCACGUCCCGGUGUGGUCCCAGAUGGAAUGCGUAGGGACGAUCGACCAGUGAGCAUGAAUCUAUCCGAGCAACGUUCAGCACGUAGUAAAAGUGAGAAUUCGGCCAGACAGGUUGAGGUACGAAUUCCAAUGAAAAUCCAGCGAUCUGCGGACGAUGAGGUGAGGCGGACCAGGCAGAAUUCGGAGACAUCCGCAUUGUAUAAAACAAACAUUACUGUGGAUGAUGCGGCAGCGGUAUUACGUCCGAAAAAGGAUUCAGUCGAAACGAAUAACAACCGCUAUAACUAUACAUCAAGCAAUCAACUACGGAAAAGUUGCCCCGAUCUUGAAACGGCAACAUCAACUCCGGCGGAAGAGCGUGGACCUCGGCGAAGAAAUCGACGAGCGAAGGAGAAGAUGAGGGAUGCUUGUUGGAGGAGGAAGCCUGUUGAGGAUUGGGCCCUGGAUGACGUUCUACUCUGGUUGCAAGCGUGUAGCUUAGAUGAAGUCGCCUCACUCCUUAUCGGCUACGACCUCCGAGGGACCGAUCUACUAACAUGGGACCACAAUUGUCUAACACAACUUGGAGUAACAAGCGCUUCCGUUCGGAGUAAGAUUUUGGACGAGUUAGCGGCCAUACGAGAACGAGGACCGGAAGAACCGAAGGAGUCGGAGAAGAAAAACAGUCAUCGAGCACUGUUUGAUAUUGUUAAGCAAAGUAGUUAUGAUCAGGUGCUAGCCGUGGAAACACCAUUAACCACCCGCGAUAUCAUUGUCACCCAUGGACGUCUCGGUUGCCUACAGAUCACAAAAGUGAACGGCGUGAAUCUGCCGUUAAGGGAGAAUGACUGUCUUCUGGAAAUUAAUGAUUGUCCCGGCGAACAGUUCAAAUCUGCGUUGAUGUUGACAAAAUUGAUUAGCGAUUCGAACGGGGCGCCGAUUCGUUUCGUCGUGCUUCGUAUGAAGAUUCAGGAUCGAGCGGAUGACAGUUCUAACGAGACGUCGAGCAGUGGUGUGUCGUCCUCACCACGAAGUCCAAGCGAAUGA